UUUCAGCUAUUAUGCCCAGAACCAUCAAGCCCCGUCAGGGGUACUGAAAACCUACACGAGAGCCUCACAAGUGUCGCCCCUUCCCUUCCUGUUCUCAGCUGUUAGCCCUGCAGCCAAAACAACAUGAGGCUGGCCACCGGUCUACUCCUGUUCGGCGCCGUGUUCUGGUCCAAGGGCUUGUCUGUUGUUGUCGAAGAUGUCGAUGACCCUCCCUUCUUGCGUCAGCCGAGACAAGUUUCAGAUGGCGGCCCCGACAAUACGACGGAUUCGAACACAGGAUUUGAAGCAGCUACUGCAAGUAACAUAGGGACAACACCUGCGUCCAUGGCACUGGUACUGCAGAUGCUGGACAACUAUGACCAAAGGCUGAGACCAGAUUUCAGAGGUGGAGCUGUGACCGUGACUUUCCAGCUGUACAUCCUCACUAUGGGUUCUAUAUCGGAAUCCUCUAUGGACUAUGUGGUGACCGUGUUUCUGCGACAACAGUGGAACGAUCCUCGCUUUGUGUACACCGGCUUCGAUGGCAACCUCACUUUGUACGACACCGUCAUUGAUGAUGUUUGGCUUCCUGACGUCUUCUUCGUGAACGAGAAGGCUGCCGGAUUCGCGUCAUCGACAGGGACUAGCCGGAUGAUGAGAAUCCACCCAAACGGCGACGUGCUGUACAGUACCAAGAAGACUGCGUUACUUGCGUGUCCGAUGAACUUCGCUCUCUACCCAAUGGACAGCCAGGAGUGCUCUAUAAAGAUAGAAAGCUUCAGCCACAGCACGAAAGACAUAGUUCUAGAGUGGGCGGACCCGCCUAUUAUACUGGCUGACGACAUUCAGCUGCCUGAAUACAAGAUCUUGAGCACGACGCCAGAGAGAUGCGAUGUGGUUCGUCGGAUAGGAACAUUUUCCUGCCUGGAAGGACGGUUCAAGAUGGUCCGCAGGAUGGGCUACUACAUCAUACAGACAUAUAUUCCCAGUAUCCUGAUCGUGAUCCUGUCUUGGCUGACAUUCUGGAUCAGUCCUGAGAUCGCCCCAGCUCGUGUGGCGCUCGGCAUCACCACUGUGCUGACAUCAACAACCUUCACAGCCAUCAACAGAAGUACUAUGCCCAGGUUUUCCUAUGUGAGGGCAAUCGACAUCUGGUUGCUGGCAUGUUCUUUCUUCAUCUUUGCUGCUCUGGUCGAAUUCGCUGCCGUUCACUUCCUCUUCAAACGGCACAAGAAGUUCGGCUUCUCCGGUAGGCUCAGGAGACUCCUCGGCUUGGAACACCCUCCGCCCGAGGGAACGGAGGAGGUCGAACUAAAACCUUCAGCUUCCACCACAUCGGAACGCUUACUGCUCGGAGGCGGACACACACAGAUACGACUUGAAAACGCCGAGCCCAAACCUGCUGAGGUCACUGGAGAAGAAGAGAAGCACCACCGCACUCUGGAAGAGCUGAAGGCCCUGUAUCAGAAGCGUGCGCGCAGGAUAGACCUGGCGGCAAGGAUUGUCUUCCCGUCGGUCUUCUGCAUCUUCAACCUUUGCUACUGGGGCGUCUUUCUUCCACAAUAUGAAGGGUGAUGUAACGGGACCGUUGCAUCCAGAACCGUGCUUUAUCCAGAAUCAUGCUCUGGCGCUGUUCUGGAUAGUCUAUGUUUCAUCCAGAACCGCGGUCUAUCGAAAACCGAGCUCAGGCGCGGUUCUGGAUAGUACAUAGUAUAUAUUACAUAACCAGAACCACAUCUGAUUCUAAAACUAACCCGUUCAGAACUAGAUUGACAUGAUGGUUCUGGUUACGAAAUGGACAUCCCGAGACGUACUUCAUAUGAUUAAAUGCACUGCUUUUAAUUCACGUUAUUGUAGAGGAUGCGAUGGAUCGGUUGGUUGAAUAGAAUCGAUUAUGUACAUAAAUUGAACUGUAACUAUGGUUUAAACUAUGCAAGAAAGUGCGGAUCUUUUCAGAUUCAAUGAACAUGAGGAAGAUGCCGGAUCGGGUGAUUUGUAAAUAGAGUAGACAGGAAUGGACCAAUGGCUGGGGCAAGCGCCAUCAUUAAACAUAGUUAAGAUUGACGGCUGCCCAAGUCAGACAUAUUGAGUAGAUGACAACAGUAUAAACAUGUUAACAA